AUGGAUACCCAGCGUCUGUCUUUGCGAAAAGAGAACGGCUCUGCACAUUCGCUCUUGCAGGAUCAGACUGGUCUGAAGGAAAAUACGAUGAACAUUCCGCGAGAUUCGUCUUUUAAUUCGAUCUUUGGUCCUUCCGAGGUCGUCGACGACGCUGGAACAGAUCGCGAUUUUAAGCACGAGUCCCACAAGUUCAGCAUCACGAGAGCAAUGCCUGAGAAGUUGGCGGGAAAGAACAUUGCCCCCUUCCUCGCCAAACAUAUUCCGGAACAAUACGCCCCUCUUGGCUCGCAUGCAGGGGAGCCAGUAGAAUCGAGUGGUGCCAACUCCAGAUACUGUUAUCGACACCGACCGGAUCUCAAGUGCAGGCGACAAGCAGACGAGCCAACGAUGGAUAAACUCCAGCGGAUUGCAAAGGAACUUGAGACGCUUCCUCAGAGGGAUCAACAAGGCAUCGCUCAUGCGUGGUCGAUUUUUUCUGCUGCUCCAGCAAAGCACCGGAAACUUCUACUCCAGGGAAUCAUGGCGCAGUGUUGUUUUCCACAGUUGUCCUUCAUCUCCGCCUCGGUUCGCGAUUUGAUUCGUAUCGACUUUCUGACGGCUCUUCCACCGGAAAUCUCGUUCAAAAUUCUGUGUUAUCUGGAUACAACCUCGCUCUGCAAAGCCGCCCAGGUUUCCAGGCGUUGGAGGGCUUUGGCUGAUGAUGAUGUCGUUUGGCACCGGAUGUGUGAACAACACAUCCAUCGCAAGUGCAAAAAGUGCGGCUGGGGUUUACCUCUCCUGGAUCGCAAACGGUUGCGAGAGUCCAAACGCCAAAUUGAACUUCGUGCUGCCACAUGGGAUAUAAGCGAACAGUCCACAGAAGACGAAACGGGUUCUCCUGCGCCUGAGAGCGCAAGCUCGAAUGCCAAAAGAAAACCGGAAUCAGACGAUGAAGACACGGCACUGGUCAAACGCCAUUGCACUUCAAUUGUUCCCAGGCUGGAGAAGGAGAAGGAUGGUGAUUAUUUUAUCACCCGCUACCGACCGUGGAAGGAGGUGUACAAGGAUCGAUUCAAGGUAGGCACAAACUGGAAGUAUGGACGAUGCUCUGUCAAAGUUUUCAAAGGCCAUACCAAUGGCAUCAUGUGUCUGCAAUUUGAGGACAAUAUCCUGGCUACCGGAUCUUAUGAUGCGACCAUCAAGAUCUGGGACACGGAAACUGGCGAGGAGCUCCGCACACUCAGAGGGCAUGAAUCCGGCAUUCGCUGUCUUCAAUUUGAUGACACCAAGUUGAUCAGCGGCAGUAUGGACCGCAGUCUCAAGGUGUGGAACUGGCGCACGGGCGAAUGUAUCUCGACUUAUACCGGCCAUCGUGGAGGCGUGAUUGGAUUACAUUUUGAUGCGACCAUUUUGGCGUCUGCAUCAGUGGAUAAGACUGUGAAGAUCUGGAAUUUUGAGGAUAAGUCGACGUGUCUUCUGCGCGGACAUACCGAUUGGGUCAAUGCGGUUCGAGUAGACACAAAUUCGCGCACCGUAUUUUCGGCAUCUGAUGACUGCACGAUUCGUCUUUGGGACCUGGAUACCAAGACCUGCAUCAGAACAUUCCACGGACAUGUUGGUCAAGUCCAGCAGGUCAUUCCAUUACCUCGGGAAUUCGAGUUCGAGGACCAUGAUGCUGAAUGUGAGAACGAUAAUGUCAGCGUCACUUCCGGCGACAGCCCGGCUGCUUCGCCAAGAGGCAUUCCAGGUCUCGAUGCAGGUACCUCGGAAACACAAUCUUCUCCAUUUGGCCCUGCCUUCGACAACGGGCGGCCAGCACCGCCACGAUACAUCGUCACGUCGGCUUUGGACUCGACCAUCCGGCUGUGGGAGACCUCGACGGGACGGUGUCUACGUACAUUCUUUGGUCAUCUGGAAGGCGUAUGGGCUUUAGCGGCGGACACACUCCGUAUCGUAUCAGGAGCCGAGGACCGUAUGGUCAAGAUCUGGGACCCCAGGACCGGGAAAUGUGAGCGCACUUUCACUGGACAUUCAGGACCAGUUACUUGCAUUGGUCUCGGAGACAGUCGUUUUGCAACUGGCAGCGAGGAUUGUGAGGUGCGCAUGUAUGGUUUCCAGAGCUAG